AUGGCGUCGCAAGCCGAUUACAAAGACAGGCAAUUCCUAGCUGUCAUUGGCGACGAGGACUCUGUCACGGGCCUUCUCCUCGCAGGCAUCGGGCACGUCAACACUGGUGCAGAUCAGGCGAAGAACUUCCUCGUUGUUGACAGCAAGACGGAGACCUCUGCAAUCGAGAAGGCAUUCGAAAGCUUCACAACUGAGCGAAAGGAUAUUGGUAUCAUUUUGAUCAAUCAGCAUAUUGCCGACAAGAUUAGGCAUCGGAUUGACACGUACACGGCGGCCUUCCCUACGGUGCUCGAAAUCCCCAGCAAAGACCACCCCUACGAUCCCGAAAAGGACAGCGUGCUGAGGAGGGUUAGGAGGCUGUUUGGCGAGUAA